GUAGUUGUGUGGAGGUUGAUAGCAAGCAAUAUUUUUUUAGGAAAAAAUAGACUGUGAGAGAAGAGGUUUCCUCGUCUUAUAAAAUAUUUAAUUUUUAUUUUGGAAACGUUUUCUGCAGGCUAAAUGGUUUUGCAGGUAACUAUUUAGAUAUCCCGAAAUCCCUGACAACCGUCAGUGGCAAAAUUCUAGUGCGAUAAAGUGCGAAAAAUCCGUUUUAAAAGAAGUGCGAAAAACUGUCAGUGAAAUACUGCGGGAGGGGAAAGAAAAAGAAGGCCAAAUUUUCCUGCACGACGGAGAUUCGUCUUUGACGUUGUUUUUUCUGUGUUGCUAAUGUUUAGCUCCAAGUUAUAACGAUUGUGAAUCUGAUCGUGGAUGACAAGGAUAGUGAAAUAAGUUUCUUGCGACGGUGAAUUUUCGUCUUGAUACCUGCCCUUGAGCAGUGGGAAGUGAAACGGAUCCUUAGGGGAAUAACCCAAAACAAACCAGAGAGCGAGUGUCACAAAGGCCAAGGCAACAAAAGAGUGAAUUAAAGAUGGAUUCCGACGACGAGAGCUUCGAUGGGCACGACUCCGGAAAUGUGUCCAGCGGAGAUGAUGAUUUUGCGAUGGACGUGGAUAUCAACAACCCGCGGGACCGGGGACAGCAGGAGGAAGACUACCCGUUCGAGGUGCUGACGACGGAGGAAAUCGUCCAGCAUAUGGUCGAUUGCAUCAAGGACGUCAACACCGUAGUCGAGAUUCCUGCCACAACUACCCGAAUAUUGUUGAAUCAUUUCAAAUGGGACAAGGAAAAACUGAUGGAACGAUUUUAUGACGGAGACCAGGAAAAAUUGUUUAAAGAUGCCCACGUAAUCAAUCCGUUCCGGAAGCCCAGCACAGUAAACAAGCCAAAGAUCAAAAGAUCUGGAACAGAGGAUUGCGAAAUUUGCUAUUCAUCGUUUCCUCCCAGCAUGAUGACCGGGUUGGAAUGUGGUCACCGUUUCUGUACGCAAUGCUGGCAAGAGUACCUGACCACCAAAAUCGUAGAAGAAGGCCUAGGCCAAUCGAUAGCUUGUGCCGCACACGGCUGUGACAUAUUGGUGGAUGACGUGACCGUCAUGCGGUUGGUCCAGGAUCCACGUGUCAAACUAAAGUAUCAACAUUUGAUAACCAAUAGUUUCGUUGAGUGUAAUCGAUUACUUCGCUGGUGUACUUCGGCGGACUGUAACUACGCGGUCAAAGUGCAGUACGUGGAUGCCCGGCCCGUCAUCUGCAAGUGUAAUCACGUAUUCUGCUUCGAGUGCGGCGAAAACUGGCACGAUCCGGUACAGUGCCGGCUGCUGAAGAAGUGGAUCAAAAAGUGCGACGACGACUCGGAAACGUCCAACUGGAUCGCGGCCAACACCAAGGAGUGUCCAAAGUGUAACGUAACGAUCGAGAAAGAUGGCGGUUGUAAUCAUAUGGUAUGCAAAAAUCAAAACUGCAAGUACGAUUUCUGUUGGGUGUGUUUGGGAUCCUGGGAACCUCACGGUUCUUCCUGGUACAACUGCAACCGUUACGACGAAGAUGAGGCUCGUGCUGCUCGUGAUGCUCAGGAAAAGUUCAGAUCAUCAUUGGCUAGAUAUUUGCAUUACUACAACCGUUACAUAAAUCACAUGCAGUCGCUCAAGUUCGAGCAUAAACUGUAUGCAUCGGUUAAAGCUAAAAUGGAGGAAAUGCAGCAACAUAACAUGUCAUGGAUCGAGGUUCAAUUCCUGAAGAAAGCUGUUGAUAUCCUCUGCCAGUGCCGUCAAACGCUGAUGUGCACAUACGUAUUUGCGUACUACCUGCGUAAAAAUAAUCAGUCGCUUAUCUUUGAAGAUAACCAGAAGGAUCUGGAGACGGCCACGGAGAAACUGUCCGAGUACUUGGAGCGUGAUAUUACGUCGGAAAAUCUCGCCGACAUCAAACAGAAAGUUCAGGAUAAGUAUCGAUACUGCGAAAAACGUCGAAAGGUGUUACUAGAUCACGUGCACGAAGGUUACGAGAAAGAUUGGUGGGAUUACACCGAUUGAUAAAAUAUUUGUUUCGAUAUUAGUGCAAGUUUCAGCGUGGAACUUUCGAAAGUCCGUUGAGAUAGACGUACGCCCCUUCCCUUUUCCCUCCCCUCCUUAAAUCAGCGAACGGAAAUAAAAAUAGAAACCCAGAAAACUCUUAGAAAAAAUCUAGCAAAAGGAAUAUUUUCGCAAUGGAACAAUACCGGACUAACCGAGACUAAACAAAACAGUGCAAGAAAUCAACUGUUUUAGUAUUCUACUACUUAGACGAUGUACUUUCCUUCGCGUGUUUCCAAAUGUCUUAUUAUGUCUCCGAAAAAGAAAUACAAGAUUACAUUACUAUUUAUUAAUAGUUCCGUUCUAAUCAAGAAUUGUUGUUUUCCUGUUUGUUCUCGGUCGUUUCGAUUCGAUUCAUUAGCGGUAAUAAGAAGUAACUAACAGCGUAAAUAGUUAAAAAAGAAAAGUACACUCAUAUGAACACAUGAACACACGUACAGUCACACAAACACUAUACCAAUAUAGACCGCAAAGUCGUUCGUUCGUCAGAAUAAUUUCGAGCUCAUGGAACGUACAUGCAUGCAUGUGCAUAGUUGUAGCCUUUCUCUCUCUCUCCUAGUUGGCCAAGGGUUAGAUGUAGUUUGUAUCGAACGACACACGUAUUGCUUAGUUGUAUUAAAAUCCGAUCAGCUUACAUUUUUUUAUUGCAAUUGUUGGCAGAUUUUUGGGAGAGACGUGUUGAUUUUAAUCUGAUAUUAUGAAAUCGCGAAAGAUGCAAAACUCUGUAUCAUAGUUUUGCAAGUUAUAACAGCAGGUACGGAUAGCAUAAAGUGAUCAGACGUCAUAUUGUGGGACAGAACCAUACUUUCAUUGUCACGCGAUAACACGUGUCCCGCGAAUUGUCCCGCGUUUCUUUCAUUUGAAGUGCCCAAAAUACGGAAAAUCAGAAAAAAAUCGCUUUCGCCAAAAAAUAAGGUUCACAACCAAGAUUGAACUUUCGUGUUUCACAUAUGGUCUGAUAGAAUGUGGUUUUCAAGAGGAUCAUGUAUUAAUGUUUAUAUGGAUUUGGAUUAGUAUCAGCGACGUCAUGGCGCAUCUUUGUCUCAUAAACAGUGGCGUUUCCCUAACCUCAAUCUACCUGCACACUGGAUUAAAACUUAAGAAAUUGGUGUACGAAAACGCAUAGAAUAACUAUAUUUUGAUUAGCUAAAACGACUCUGAUAGUUUUAUUCUCCAUUUGGGCUGUCAAACUGUCGAAAUUUCCAUUUUCUGAGUCAGUGCAGAGGUAAAACAGUGAGGUUACGUGAUGCCACAGCUCAUGAACAAGAUAAAAUUAUUGUUAAACGCACGAGGUCUUUCUUAGCAAGGUCUUUGCAAGUGCUGAAGAAAUCAAAGAUUUUAUUAUUGUCUUUAUUUUAGAGGCUUAGAGCCCUUCGCUGGCUCACCUCUGGAAGAAAUCGAGGAGAUUUCAUCUACUUGAAAGAUGUAGAGAGCUUAUUGUGAAUGGUUUGUAAAUUAGACAGUGAGUCAAAUAAAGUAAUAAUGCACGUUUUUCAAAAGUUUUAUUUUUCCAAAAAAAAAAUAAAAAAAUAGAUUAUGUGAAAUUUUGAACAAGCAUUUUUGGUUGCACGAUAUUUAAGGAAAGAUAUUGGUAGAGGUAAAUGAAUAUGCUUGAUAACACGUUCUUUAAGUUUUUAAAAAAAUAUGCUUAAAAAUGAACAAACGCUUUGUUUUUAAUCAGCAAUGAGGUUAUAAUUCCAGUGCACCGAAUGAUGAUUGCUCGAUAACGUGCUGCUACUGCUCGAACAAUAGAAGAAUCAAGCGCAACGCAUUCUUUUUAUACUUACAGAGUGGGAUGUUUUACGUGUAGCGUGAGAUGAGAAUUCUUCCAGAAUGUGUGUCAGAUGGGGGUGAAUUUUUGAUUUUUUCAGCGGCAGCAGCAUCAAUGGCUAGUACAAACUAGGGAUCCUACAUUCAGAGAUAUGCGAAAGUGGCCAUCUUGAGCCAAUCGAACAUUGAGAGCUGUUAGAAUCUGAGCCAAAUGAACAUUGUUAUUGUAGAGGAUUGAAAGUUAUUGCGAUUGUAAUGAAAAAGAUUUUACGAAAAGUUUUGUCGAAAAAACAAUUUGUUUUACAUUGGCAAGUCAAAGUAGUCUAGUUCAUGCAUGGUACUUCAUUUGUAUUGCAAUAUUAUUUUAGUGAUAAUGCACUGUUGGACGUUAGAUAACGAAAUCUGAAAAUGCCAUUAUACGCAAAGUCAUGUUUGAGCUCCAACAUUUUGCGCCAUAGCAAGUGCUGGCAAGUGCGUUUGUUUACGAAAGUAACAGCGUUGCUAAAUCGUCUGGAAAAGUAUUCGCACAUCUCUUAAUAUAGGAUCCCUAGUACAAACAACACUGUAAAACAUUGCUUGGGAUUGAUCGAUGAUCUAUUUUGCUUGCCGUACGCCAACUCACACUGAUAUUGUGACAGAUGCAGUGACAGCACAGCACAGUAAUGAUCCAUCCGCACGUCCAUCUACAGAAACCUUGUUAUGACUUUUACUUCCUCGGAAUAUUCAAGUUCGGUUAACUUCAGCGAUUCAAAUGUACUCCCGAGGGACUAGCAAAUGUCCUUCCUUCAAAGACCUCACUAAAUAAUCCAUUGGAAGUCGCAAAGGGCGGUGUGUACAAAUGACAGGGACGUAAUCAAUGUCAGCUACUGACCAGCACUUCACUGGAAAUUCCAAGCGCAUAUGAACCAUUUCAAUUCAUAAUCCCGACUAAAUGAGCAUUUGGAGCGAUUGCUCGGCCUUUUUGGGCAAAAGGUACACGUUGCUACUUACAUUGUAGUGUGCCUCAAUCUCAUUUUGCUGAACAAAAACUGUCAUUCGUGAUUCCUAUACUGUAGUAGCGGAUCCCAAACACGGACAGUGUACCAUGCCUUCUUGGUUGACCGGCAGACUGACUGCCUGAUUGUAUGCGGAUCGAUCGAUUGUCUUUUUUGCUCAGGCCUCGGAAUACCCUUAAACUACUAAACCAAGUUUUGCAAUGAGUUGAUUGAUCAUGCGCGUCGAGUUUAGCUUGAAAAACCCGGGAGAUCUGUCAGGGUCCACGUUUCAUUGCUGAUGAAAGCCGCGUUGCGGAUUUAAAUAGUUCCGGUUCGGCUCUUAAGAAUGCUUUUUUGGGACUGGACGGAUAUUCAGGAAUGCACUAAUUUAUAUAGACCUGUGCAGGAAUUCACCAAAUUCACUCACCUAAUGGAGUUUGACAUUUGAUGCGAACUUGACUCGAACAAAAGUUCAUUUUGCGUUCAUUUACGACCCUUUCAAACGUCAUAAUUUCUUAGGGGAGUUCAUUUUGCGUUGGUCUAUACCUGUGCAGGGAUUCAUCAAAUUCACUCAUCCAAUGAAUUUUGACAAUUCGUUCUUUCGAACAAAAGUUCAUUUUGCGUUCAUUAUACCACCCGCUCAAACGUCAGAUUUUUCUUCGAGGAAUUUAUUUUGCGUUGCUAUAUUGUUUGGUAUUGCAAUACUUGAUUAAGAGACGUGUCUUCUAUCGCAUAGCAUCAACCUUUGUUGAGAACCAUUUCAAUUGGUCUUUGAUUGGAACACGAAGAAAAUGCUUAAUCCAGGAAUAUUCCGAAUCGCUAAAUUGACUUCGUCGGUACAAUUAUCAUUUGCGGCAUUGAUUGGACCAUCUGAAAAUCUAGAAGCAGGUAGACAUUUGGACUGGCGUAACUAGCCUCGAUGCUCUAUUUUGAGCUACUUUUAAAAAAAUUUCGAACAUUUUACCAUCUCAUUAAGUUAUCUUAGUGGUAAGGUGAUAAAUACGGUCCAACCUUCUUCUUCUUCUUAUUGGCAUUACAUCCCCACACUGGGACAGAGCCGCCUCGCAGCUUAGUGUUCAUUAAGCACUUCCACAGUUAUUAACUGCGAGGUUUAUAAUCCAGGUUACCAUUUUUGCAUUCGUAUAUCAUGAGACUAGCACGAUGAUACUUUUAUGCCCAGGGAAGUCGAGACAAUUUCCAAUCCGAAAAUUGCCUAGACCGGGACCGGGAUUCGAACCCAGCCACCCUCAGCAUGGUCUUGCUUUGUAGCCGCGCGUCUUACCGCACGGCUAAGGAGGGCCCCCACCUCCGGUCCAACCACCCAAAGCAAUUGCGAAUCAAUCACACUCAUCCAUAUUCUCUUUUUCAAGCACGUGCUUUCUGUUGUAACCCACAGUAUUGAAGUGUGUUAGUUUAUCAUCCUAUGAUUGCUACAACGACUCAAAUUGAUAGCGUAUGGCUAUAAUGUCUAAGGGUCAAUUUCUUCACCCCCGCUUAGUGCUUAAACCAGGUUUAAACGUAUGGGUAAGCGACGCUUACGAGUUAAGCGGAGGUGAAGAAAACGGCCCUAAGGGUCGAUUUCUUCACCUCCGCUUAGGCCUUAACCCACGUUUAAACGUAUGGGUAAGCACCGCUUAAGAGUUAAACGGGGGUGAAGAAAUCGGCCCUAAGUGUAGUGGCGCUCGGCUUUUUCCUGCACACUCAAAGGACAUGUGACGGUUUGCCGUUAGGUUCCCAUCGGUAAGCAGUAGACAGGUUUGCAUAUUUUAUAAAUAUUCUAUCUAUCUCAAAUGAAAAAAAGAAGAAAUAAUGCAACAUUACUCCAGGGAUUCCGACGGGAGUCCUCCAACCAUACUGAAAAGAACCUCCAGAGAUUCUGAAGGCAAUCCACCAGGGAGUCCGAAGGGAAUGUUUCAGAGAUUUCGACGGGAAUGUUGCAAAGAUUCUAAUGAUAAUCUUCUAGGGAUCCUCCAUCCUCCGGGAGUUCUGACGGGAAUAUUCCAGGAAUUCGGAUGGGAAUGUUCCAGGAGUUCCAACGGGAAUGUUUCAGAGAUUCCGUCGGAGAUCCUCCAGGAAUUCCAACGUUAAUGUUCCAGGGAGUUUGUAGGCAAUGUUCCAGGUAUUUAGAAGCAAAUUGUCGAAGAAUUUCGAAGCAAUCUGUCGAUGGAUUCCGAAGCAAAUUGUCGAUCGCAUUCGUAUUGAUCCUCCAAGGAUUCUGAAUAGAAUCCUCCAGCGAUUCCGAAGGGAAUCUUUCAGGGAUGUUGAAGCAAAUCGUUAAGAGAUUCCGAAGCAAUCUUCGAGGGAUUCCGAAGCAAAUCAUCAAAGGAUUCCGAAGCAAACCGUGGAUGUAUUUCGAAGCGAAUCGUUGAAUUAUUCCUAAGCAAUUUGUCAAUGGAUUCCAAAGCAAAUCGUAAAAGGGAUUCCGAAGCAAAAUGUUGAGAGACUCCGAAUUAAAUCUUCAAGGGAUUCCGAAGCAAAUCGUCGAAGUAUUCUGAAACAAAACGUCAAGGAAUUCCCAAGCAAAUCUCCGAACCAUUCCGAGAGAAAUCUUCGAACGACUCCGGCGGAAUUCCAAAGCAAAUCAACGAGAGAUUCUGAAGCAAAUUCUCCAUGGAUUAUUAAGGAUAUCCUUCAACGAUACUGAAAAGAAUCCAGUGUGAUGAGCCAAACACAAUGCAUACCAUUGCGGGCGUUUUGACAGUUUUCCUAUGGGAAAACUGUCAAACCGCAUGCAAACGUAUCCAUUAUGUUUGGCCCAUGAAUUCUUCUGGAUUCCGGUUGGGAUACCUACUUCCAUGAUUCUGAAAGGAAUUCUUUAGAGCUUACAAGAGUGGGCUUCGUGGCCGUGCGGAUAGCGACGUCAAUCGUCUAGACGCAUGUGCUAUAGAGUGUGAGUUCGAUUCCCGCCCCGGUAAGGAGGAAACUUUUCGUGAUCGAAAAAUUCUCCACUGGUCCACUGGGUGUUACGUGUCCGUUGUCUAAUGCUAGGUGUUAAGUGUUCAGUCUGUACGACCUCUGGUCGAAAACGGUGUUCCUGUCUUUUUUUUCUUUUUUUACAAUGAGAAUUCUUCUCAGAUUCUGACGGGAGUUCCUCUCAAAUUCUGAUGAGAAUCCUACUCGGGUGCAGAUGGGAAUUUUAAAAAUUACCAUUUUUCCAGGCAAGCGGAAGUCUUUUUGACCACAUAUCUUUGACUGCUGGCGUAGUACCCAGUGUUGGUAGAAUCAUGCUUAAAUCUGACUCACCGAAGCCUCAUGCACGAGCUGGCUCGCUUGCGAUUCUGCAUGAAGAACAUCGCCCAUGAGUUUUUCCGGCAGAAUCGCUCCGUUUCGCUCAUUCGCCGAAAAAUGAUUUCGCUCCAAAAAGUGUCGAUACCCAAUCAAAACGUAUUUUGUAUUUACGUAUGGAUUUGUUAUCCAUUGUUAUAAGCAAAGAAAGUUAUUCCGAUGAAGAUUUAACGAAGAAGAACACGCACAAAUCAAGCAAUGAUGCAAAUCGCGAGUCGAAUCAUGGACGAUUCUCUGGGCCAUGAGGUUUGGGUGAGGUUUGCCUCGCGCUUGAUUUGAAUCGUGGAUGAGAUUUGAGAAUUUGAGUUUUUACCAACACUGGUAGUACCAAGAUUGCUUUGAUUGAUAUUAUGGUGGCUCUCCGUCGUUGUUCAUAUCACGCUUACUUUGAUGCUUUCAAAUCAAUUAGGGUAACCAACUUGAUUUGGAUCCUACACAUUUUGGACCCUCCUGGCGACAUUAUCUUGAUUUCUGAACUAAAAUCAAUGCCGCUGCUAAUUCCCAAUUGGCUUAAGGAAAGUGUUCAGCAGCUGCUUCACUGGUUUUCCGUGCAAAAUUAGUGAUAUUGAGAUGAAAUUUCGAGGAAAUUAGUUUGUUCAAGAAGACGAGCGUUACAAUGCGUUACGCUUAAAAGUAUACAUCACGGAAAAUCUCAAAACACACACAAUAAGUUUUUGUCGAAAUUGUAAAUUUAAAACGCAGGAAUUUUCUCAUUGAUGCAUGUCAAUCGAAAAAUAAGACUUUGCUUCGGCUCAAUUGUAAAUUAGAAAUUCGACUUUGAAGAGACUAAAUCGGGGGUGUCCAAAAUGUGUACAUUUAGGGUUCCAAAAUAUGUUGCACUGUCCAAAACGAACAAUGCUUUUAUUUCAGAAAGUUACAAUUCUCAGUGAUAUAUUCCAUAAAUGAGACUUCCAUCUAUGAAUUGGUGUGAUUUCCGCCUAUAUCAAACGUGUCAUUCGAUACAUAUAAGCCGAUAUCAGUAAGCACAUCCUCUAGGGGUCCAAAUGGAGCAUUUACCCUAGAUUAUGGCUUUUUAUAAUUGACACAAAGUGCAUUUUCUAAUUUUUUUUCUCUUAGUUUUGCCUUCCCACAGCUUCGCCUCAACGCCUUGUGUGACUCGAGCAGAUUCGUAACUGUUUUCCCUGCUGGAAUUGAAUUUGAAACUGGAGCACAAGAGAUGAAGGGCCGAAAAUCUCUUUAUUAAGGAUACUGGAGCACAGAACUGUCAAAGCAUAGUCGAAAUCACCAUCAGGGCCGUUAUCGUCAUCUUGUUUGUAUGGAACCGUAGGGUUUGCCCCCAGCACUCAAUUGUUGUCUGGUAAUACGAGAUCGUCACUUCAGACACUUUCGCUGUAGUUCUGUCUUCCUCCAACGGUAACUUCUAUCAUUGGACCAGAUAUGUCGGAAUGCACCCGUUGGAGAAUUUCCUCGUCCCUGGACCUUCCACUCCGGAGGCCGAACAGUUUUUCGAUUGCUUCUGGUCCUCGAACGUUUUUUCCCUAAAUGUUUUCGUACAAUAAUGCCAAAACGUAUGAUCGAUUUUUGGUGGAAAAUAUUCAAUUUAUUACAUCUCGCUUAAUUUAGAGAUUAAGGCUAAAGAAUCAGUAUUAGAAGCUGGCAAAGUUUCAAGCAAGGUCUUGAGCCACAGGUGACUAAUUUCGAUUCUAUGCUGAUUGCGCUGCACUGAUCCAGGUCAAGAAUAAAGCUUCCACGAAUUUUCUAGUUUUUGAUCUUGUUUACAGCUGGAAGUUUUGUUGCUUUCCACGGCUUCCCAAAGGUCUUCAUCUUUUAGAUACGUACGUGGCGCAAACUUCCACGUGUGUUAAUUUUCACGUCCGACCAGCCGCUCGCUCGUCGAAAAUUCACAAGAGACUUAUACACCGUUCCCUCCACCGUACAUUUUGAGUUUUGGAAACUUCGGUUGGCUAGACCAAUCAAUGUCUCGGUCCAUAACGUAUUGGUAGAUGGAAAUGAAUGUACGUGUUAACACUUUCGUGGGUGGUAUUUAUUAUGUUUUAUUGCCUGACAAAAUAUCAACAUCUCAGUCGCUGAUGUACUUCGAUUCAGUCAAACUCAAUCAACCUCAAUCUUAAGCUCGAUAGAAGCCAUAGAUAGCGCUGGCUUAAAAUCAAGCUUUAAAUACAUUUCUGGUCAGGCGAACAGAUGUAUUUAAAUAUGUUUUCUGGAGGUUAGACAAAUUCUUGAUCCUCUUUUUCUGAUUACCGUUAUACGUCGUGUAGUCUUCUCACCGUGACUAUAGCACCAUUAGUAAACUGACCAAUGAAUUGUUCAUUCGUUGACAAAUUUACAUGUAAUGACUGCUUCUUAUUGUAGAGGGUUUUUGCGAUUCAUUUAAAGUGAUGAAGACUAAUUGAAUAAUGGCUGCAUUAACCAAUUGCGCUAGCCUGUUCAAAAUUCAAAAUAAUCUGCCAUAGUUGAGCCGUACCGCACUCCUUCAUUUAAUCUGUUUGAUACCUUGAUUGUUACAUGACAGAAUUAUAAUUAAGGCAAAGAGUAUAUAGAAGAUAAUCUUUUAUGCGGUGCUUCGCGAUUCAAACUCAUACAAACGUCAUUCGAACCAGAAAUUGAUAUUCUUUGAAAUAAUCAUUCAAAAAAGGCCAUUACGUACCAUGUAAUCAUUUUGAGACAUUUUGAUAAGAUAAUUAUUCAGUAUCUGUUCCAUUUCCCGAAUCAAACUUAUCAUCAAAAUGGAGCGUUACUUCAGCAGUGGUUGUUUCUUAUGGGCGUUCAACAAUACCCAAUAUUUCUCCUAAUUGAAUCGUAUCCCAAACCCACCAAAGUGAGACCAUGAACUCGCAUUCGUGAUAACCGCAUAACAUACAAAUGCUUUUAUUGGGAAAGUAUUUCAAAAUAUUAAUGCCAGCAAAUGAAGAAGAUUUGGCCUAAUUUUCAAGUUUUAUUUGAAACCUUAAAAAAAAAUUCGAAUUCUAUUUGAAAUUUGAAAUGUAGCAUAAAGCCACACAGCUUUAGAUGUUUUGCUACAUCUUGUAUCAUUACGAAAUGCUUUUGCCAAGGAUGAUAUGAGUAUCCCUGAUUGAGAUAAUAACAUCUCAAAUUAUCUCUUCCACAGAUAAUCUCUUCUAACCUAACUAUUCAAAAUAUUUUUAUUUAAAUAAUUUAAAACGUUAGAUUUGCCGUCUUUUGUUUUCAUUGAUUUAUCUAUUUAAAACCCAAUAACUUGCUGAUGAAAUAUUCACUUUCGAGUCCAUGCACUCGGAUGUAAUCAAAGCCGAUUUUUUUUUAUCAAACUUACUAUGACAAUGAUGUUCCACAUUCUUGUAUUUGUGUUCGCUAACUAUUCACAUUUUGUUUUUAUCAUUUUAUCAUGUUUUGUACACGUGUCGCUACACCCAAACACUUGGCAUUAGUUUCUAAACAUAAUGUUGGCCUGUGUGCUGUGUCGCAUUUGUUUCCCACAAUAUUCUUUCUUUGGACGCUUGAAAUGGAUUACAGUCGAAAUGAAAAUCAUUGAACAAGUGAUAAGAAUUUUAACGAAGAGAAAAAAAAACUAUAAAGAUUAUAUAUAAAAAGUGAUGUGAAUGAAGUAUAUUAUAAAAAUGAGUAUAUAAGAAGCAGUAACCUAUUAUAUACGGAUUAAGAAAUGAAUAUGUUAGGAAGGGUCAUUUUUCUCAUUUUUGUUGACUAAACAGAGAGGUGAUUAAAAAAAAAAAGAAUAUUACAAACACUGUAAAUUGCAAUGUAAAAUCGAUCGAAUCAAAGAAACCAGAAUAAAUGAACGCUAAACUUAA